ACCCAUAGUCGUGGCUGAUUUCAAAAGGCAGACGCCCAAAAUUGAAUCCCAAAAUGUCCUUUGUUCGAUAUCCGCAAUUCUUCGUGCGCAUAUCCUCUCGAGAUGGUAGGCGAAAGGUAAUGAAAGUAUUUGAAAAUCCUCUAUACAUCAACGAGAUUCUCUCGGCUGCUGGGAAAUUUGGAAUCGUUGGUAGUUAUUUAAUUAGUGCCGAGGAUAAUGCAGUUAUUGCCGAUGUGGACACUCUACUCUAUUUCAUUCGAAAGGGUCAUACUAUUAUUGUGGCCGAUAACUCUGAGACCAUCGAUCACAUAACUCUCGAGGAAAUAGGGGAGAGUCACACCGACGAUGAAAAUCAUGCUUCAACUGGCCUGGAGGAGGCCAAGAAGGAACUAUUUUGCCAAAUCAAGAGAUUCUCAGCCCAGUUUGUGAAUGUGGUGAGUGCCUUCACCGAUUUCGUCAUGGAACUGAGCAAGAUGGAGGACCCAAAAUCAGCCGCUUUUCAGGCAGGACUCUUAAACAUGGGGAACUAGUUUGGCCUUGAUAUGGGAUCAGCCCUAUUUGG